AUUUUAAACAUUUCCAGGCUUUUUCCGAUCCCAACCCUUCCAGUCUUCCAGUCCGGUCUGUACAUAAUCAGAUACAUAGUUUUACUGUAUUCUAUACGUCCGGAUCUCUCCACCAGUGGGUUUGUAGAGUAGCUUAGCUGUAGUAGUAGACUGUAAAAUCAUCCAACGUUCGCCGGCCGAAUGCAAAAAUUCCUCCAUUAAUUUGGCACUUGGCAGAUCUGCUUGCCCCUAUCUUCCCCUUUCCAUUCCAACCUCCUUCCUCAAAAUCCCUUUUCCUUUGCUUUUUUUUUUUUUUUUUCUGGUUCCAUUUCUGGGAAUAUGAUUUGAGCUGCAUUUUUUACUUGAAGAAAGGUUCCUCUCGUUAAAAGUUAAUUGAAAUUUCGGAAACCCUAGAAUUUUUGAAAAUGCAGGCCUCAACCAGCUCCGCGGCUCAGCCGGAGGCAAUUCUCGAUUGGCUUCAGAAGGAAAUGGGUUACCGACCUCUCGGCCCCUAUAGUUCCUCCGCCAAACCCGCCUCCUCUACUCCCACCCCCGAUUCGCUCCGUAAGAUUUGCAGGGGUAAUAUGAUACCCGUUUGGAAUUUCCUACUCAAGAGGGUGAAAUCCGAGAAAACCGUUGAUAACAUUCGUCGAAAUAUUCUUGUUCACGGUGGUACCGCCAGCAGUGCCGGCGAGAAUGAUGCUGUCGCCGGAAGUGGUGAUUUGGGGAGGAGCAGUAGGGGGACAACGAGGAGGAGAAAGGACAAAGUGGGGAUGCCGGCCGGCAAGGACAGUUCCAUUUUGGGAUUGGAGAAGGAGAGUAGCAGAGACGUCGCUUUACAGGAGAGGGAAUUGGCCGAAAAGGAGGUGGAAAGGCUGAGGCAGAUUGUGAGGCGGCAGCGCAAGGAGUUGAAAGCCAGGAUGCUGGAGGUUUCCAGAGAGGAGGUUGAACGGAAGCGCAUGUUGGAGGAGAGGGCUAAUUACAGGCACAAACAAGUAAUGUUGGAGGCUUAUGAUCAGCAAUGUGAUGAAGCAACCAAAAUUUUUGCGGAAUACCACAAGCGACUGCGGUACUAUGUUAACCAAGCAAGGGAUGUGCAGAGGUCAAGUGUCGACUCUGUUGAAGUAGUGACCAGUUUCCAAUCAAAGUCUGAGAAAGAUGCUGAUUACUCAAAUGUUAGAGGCUCUAAAUCUGUGGACGACGUCAUUCUUAUCGAGACAACCUGGGAAAGAAAUAUACGGAAGGCAUGUGAAUCUCUUGCUAAGCAGGUUGCUGAAAGGAUUAGCAACUCUUUUCCCGCUUAUGAAGGAAGUGGUAUCCAUUUAAACCCUCAGUUUGAAGCUGCUAAGUUAUGCAUUGACGUUGAUGGUGAGGUAGCUGAUGAGGUCAGAGUUGUAAUUGUGAAUUGCCUAAAAAAUCCUCCUCAGUUGCUCCAGGCAAUCACUACGUACACUCAGAGGUUGAAGUCUAUCAUUAGUAGAGAAAUAGAAAAGAUUGAUGUUAGAGCUGAUGCAGAAUCAUUAAGGUAUAAAUAUGAGAAUGACAGAGUAAUGGAAACUUCUUCUGAUGUAAACUCACCGUUCCAGUGUCAGUUUUAUGGCAAUGGGAAGUUGGGGGUUGAUGCGCCCUCGAGGGGUUCUCAAAAUCAACUUCUUGAGAGACAGAAAGCACAUGUCCAGCAAUUUGUGGCCACUGAAGAUGCACUGAACAAAGCCUCUGAAGCUAGAAACAUGAGCCAACAACUUUUAAAACGUCUGCAUGGAACUGUUGAUGCAGUUUCUUCACAUUCACUCACCAUUGGUGCAACUUCACAAAAUAUGAGCAGCCUAAGGCAACUUGAGCUGGAAGUUUGGGCUAAGGAAAGAGAAGCUGCUGGAUCAAGGGCUAGCCUCAAUACAUUGAUGUCCGAAGUACAGCGUCUGAAUAAAUUAUGUGCAGAGAGGAAAGAAGCUGAAGAUUCUUUGAGAAAGAAGUGGAAAAAAAUUGAAGAAUUUGAUGCCCGCAGAUCUGAACUUGAAUCCAUAUACACUGCAUUACUUAAGGCAAACAUGGAUGCUGCUGCUUUCUGGGGUCAGCAACCAUUAGCUGCACGGGAAUAUGCAUCAAGCACCAUAAUCCCUGCAUGUAAUGUAGUCUUGGACAUAUCAAACAAUGCAAAAGAUCUCAUUGAGAGUGAAGUUUCAGCAUUUUAUCGAACUCCUGAUAACAGCCUUUACAUGCUUCCAUCUACCCAGCAGGCACUCUUGGAGUCGAUGUCUGCUAAUGGAUUAACUGGACCUGAAGCAGUUGCUGCUGCUGAAAAGAACGCUGCUCUUUUGACAGCCAGAGCUGGUGCAAGAGAUCCAUCAGCAAUUCCAUCCAUAUGCCGCAUUUCUGCCGCCCUACAGUAUCCUGCUGGUUUGGAAGGUCCAGAUGCAAGCUUAGCUUCAAUUUUGGAAUCUAUGGAGUUUUGCUUGAAGCUCCGGGGCUCUGAGGCUAGUGUAUUGGAAGAGUUAGCAAAUGCCAUCAAUUUGGUUCAUAAAAGAAGGGAUCUUGUUGAGAGUGGUCAUGCGUUGUUACAUCAUGCCCACCGGGUACAACAAGAAUAUGAAAGGACAACGAAUUACUGUUUAAAUUUGGCUUCUGAACAAGAGAAAACAAUUACAGAGAAGUGGUUACCUGAACUAAGGAAUGCAGUUUUAAAUGCUCAAAAGUGCCUUGACGAUUGCACAUAUGUCAGGGGCUUGCUUGAUGAAUGGUGGGAGCAACCGGCUUCAACUGUUGUUGACUGGGUUACGGUUGAUGGCCAAAAUGUUGAUGUUUGGCAUAAGCAUGUCAAGCAGCUUCUAGCAUUUUAUGACAAGGUUUAUGAAUAAAUCUUUUGUAUGGUCAGCAUCUCUCAGAUUUUCGUGCAAACUUGGAUAACAUUAAAUUAACACCUCCUUGAUGCUGUUUAAGAAGUCCUUGUAGACCUGGAAAACAGAGGAUGGCAGCAACUGUAAGAGCAAAAUCCUUUUAUGGUUGGCAAGAGAGGGAAAUGACACAGGGUAAACUGGAACAGCCAAAACCUAAGGCUGAGAAGCAGUUGGAUUAUGGGACAUUAUUGUUUUCAGAUUUGUUAUAAUUCAUUUCCCUUGCUGCCCUGUAUAGAUGAUUCUUCCUCUGGAAGGCUCUUUUGUAUAUUAGGCCUGGCAGUUCUUCUGGUUUCUCCCCUAGGCAACAUUCUAAUUUGUUGCGGCUUGAUAUCGCAAGUCAGUGUGCUUUAAAGCCUAACUAUAAAGAGUUAUCGUUGAUUUCUGAUUCAUUUGCUAAUUGCUCCAAUGUCAAUUUCUUGAGCGUGGAUGUGCUCCAAUGUAAUUCUUCUUUGACGUUUUGGAACU